AUGGAACGUCUGCUCAUUCUAUUGGGGCUUUGCGCUUUAGUCCACACGCAAUACUUGAAUAAUUCAUCUGAGGAAGAAAAUGACUCAGAGUUGUUUUUCGAACGCAUUCGAGUUCAUGCCGACCAGCACUUCAUGAAGGCCUUUACCCAUAUACACGAGGAUCGCAAACACUUCGAUGUCUUUGUCAAGCUGGAUCGGAAGCUGGGCAGCAACUAUCUCAUUAUGAAUAUAAAUAUGCGGGCGAAGCGCGAGGGUAGCAAUGAUUUCAUCAAGAUCUUCGAUUUACGUCACAUGGACUUUUGCUUGUUUCUCAACAAUCCGGAGUUCCGUCACUUCUUCAUGGACACCAUACACUUCAGCAAAGUUCUGGAAUGUCCCGUGCAGGUGGGCAACUAUAGCAUUAAGAAUAUAAGCGUGUUGAAUAUAGUCAACGAGCACAGAAUGCGCAAAGGCACUUACAAGUUCUUCGCCGAAAUUGUCGAAGUCACCAGUGAUAUACCCAAAAUAUUUGCUCUGCAAGUCAUCACGAUCGUAAUGUAACAUCUGAAAAAAUUAAAUUUGAUGGCAUUU